GUGUCUACUCUGCUCUCCUCCAUCCUCAGCAGCCUUCCUGGGAAGAUGCCAGCAGUCCUGAUUCUCCUGACCCUACUUCUGCCACUAGGAGAUGGAGCAGAGGAGAUCAUCGGGGGCCACGAGGUCAAGCCCCACACCCGCCCUUACAUGGCAUUAGUUUCAUUUCUGAAGGUUAAUGGGAAAAGAAGUUACUGCGGAGGCUUCCUGGUUCGAGACUACUUUGUGCUGACAGCUGCUCACUGCAUCGGAAGCUCUCUCCACAGCGCAAUGACAGUCAUACUGGGGGCCCACAACCUCCAUGAAAAGGAGGAGACACAGCAGAUCAUCAAUGUGGAUAAAGCUUUUCCCCACCCAGACUAUAAUCCUCUGGACCACUCCAAUGACAUCAUGGUAUUAAAGCUGGAGAGUAAGGCCAAGAGGAGUAACUCCGUGAAGCCCCUCAAGUUGCCUGGGCCCAAGGGCCAGGUGAACCCAGGGGAUGUUUGUGGUGUGGCUGGCUGGGGGAAAACGUCCAUCAACUCCACUAAAGGAUCCGCCCUCUUAGAAGAGGCCGAAGUGAUCAUCCAGGAGGACGAGGAAUGCAAAAAACACUUCCGUCACUAUUCUGAAAUCACGGAGAUUUGUGCUGGAGAUCCAAGCAAAAUAGAGGCUCCGUCCAAGGGUGACUCUGGGGGACCCCUUGUGUGUGACAACAAGGCUUAUGGAAUUUUGUCCUAUGUAAAAUCCAAGAAGAUCUCUUCAGGAAUCUUCACCAAGGUUGUGUACUUCCUGCCGUGGAUAAACAAAAACAUGAUCCUCCUCUAACAGGUGUCACAGCACCUGUGCCCGACCAGCCUGUCUGACCUCAGGCGAGAAUCACGCAGAGUGGGCAGCAAAGGCUGGAAAUUCAUAAUAAAUAAUCCCCAGAGUGCACAUAACUGAAGUCCUUUGCUGUUGAGCCACUUCCUGGUUUGCGCACCUCGCUGGUCCAGGCAGACCUCCCCUGUCACUUCCGGGCUUAGCUUCCUCCUCGGUCCCCAGCCCCUCCUCUUACUGGAACUUCAGGCCACACAAUUCCCACAUGUUUAGCACCCAUACAUGGUGGCAGGAAAGGAGCUGUUUCUUUGUUUUAAUUUUGAGAUAGGUUCUCACUGUAUAGCUCUGGUUCAACUCACAGAGAUCUGCCCCUCUCUGCUUCCCCAGUGCUAGGAUUAGAGGCAUGUGCCAUGACAUCUAGCCAUACCCAUGUUUAUUUCUAAAGUCUCCAAGGCUGGUUUUCUUACAACACAGUCAUCAAGAGUCUACAGCACUACUGAAGUACAGUACUGAGGUAUCCUGUGCUUAGUUCCUUGUUCAUGCUUAGUCCUUCAGAAAUGAAUCUUCUGGGCCUAGCAACUGCCUACAUCUCUGAGCCACCGUCAUCCAGCCCCAACAAUGGCAGUAGUCGAACAAGGCACUGGGGUGAAGGGAGAUUUGACUCUGGGAAUUCAGAAGGCCAUGGGCUGUGCAACCCAGUCAGUUUCCUGUUUCUGGUUCCCUCUCUAGCAGAGCAGGAGACUCUCCCCACCUGAACUGUCUGCAGUCUCAAGUAUGGAGACCUCCCUCUGAUGGACCAGACUCACCCAGGUCUCCUUUCCCAGCCCAGCCCAGAGCUCAGUCACUUCUCUCCCCCUGUGAGGCUUUCCAGUGUUUUCCAUCUGACCUCUUCCAGCUACCAGAAGGAAGUUUCUACUCCAUCCAUACGUACCCCAGGCCUGAUUUACACCAGCCUUUCACUCCUCUACCUUUAAGUUCCAAAACUGUGGGGUCUCCUCUACCUCAUAGUGCAGCCAGACUUGGGCUGCCAGUCACCUGUAAUCACCCCUGCCACCUAAGCUAGGUUAAGGAAUUCCUAGGCUCUGCCAAGACCUCCAGUUUGUCAAGUACCAUGGAACCUCUGCCUCCCCCUGCUGGCCACAUGGGGAUAUGGCAGUGUAUGAACCCUAGGGAUCCAAAGGAUUCUAGGCUAGUUAUAUCUCUUGACAUCUUCAAUCAACAAUUUUAGGUCUCUGGUUUUGUAUCAGCUACAGAGUA